UAUGCUAUAGUUUUGGGGGUAUGUUAUAACUAUCACCAGCAAUGUUCCCUCCUCUCUUACACGAUAAUAGUAUCCAGGAACAUGGCCGCCCCCUCCUAGGCGACACAUCACAUGGUCCCGCGGUGAUGACGUGUUAUCCCGGAGCCGGUCCGCCAGAAGUCACGUGCGCUGAGGAUGGAUCCCGCGGUGUCGGGGGCGGCAGAUGGCGUCACCAAACCGUUCACACCGCAGGAGGCCAGAGAUGUGGUCCUCGGUGCCACCUUACCGGUGGUCUUCCUGGGUAUGACUGAUGACUGGCCGGCCUCUCGCUGGACCCUCCCGCGUCUGUGCGACAUGUUACAGGAGCAGACGCUGAAAUUCAGAAUAGGAAAAAGGAAAGCGGACACAGAGCCGCAGUUUGAGCCCCAGUGUGACUACAUUGACGGGACCCUCAGACAGUUCCGGGCCUGGAUCAGCGGGGCCUUUCCGGAGGAGUCCGGGCCCUUCCACCGCUUUGAUAAAGCUGAGUCCUGGGCGUACGCGGAUUACAAGUACCUGGCCCUGUUAUUUAAGGACCAACCUGAACUGCUGCAGGAGGUCUCCUGGGCUGAUUUCGGGUUCCCUGGAAGAGACGGCCGGGACAGCACUCUGUGGGUAGGAAGUGGAGGAGCGAAUACCCCGUGUCACAUCGACUGCUACGGCUGCAACCUGGUGCUCCAAGUGCAGGGCAGGAAGAAGUGGCACCUGUUUCACCCCGAGGACACUGCGCACCUGUACCCCACCCGAAUCCCAUACGAAGAGUCCAGCGUAUUCAGUAAGGUCAACGUGGUGAAACCUGACUGGCAGCGCUAUCCUGCGUUUUCAAGGGCUCGUCCACACGUGGUCACCCUGCAUCCAGGACAGGUACUGCUGGUGCCGCCGCGCUGGUGGCAUUACGUGGAGUCUGUGGAUGACGUCACCAUCAGCAUCAACUCCUGGCUGGAGCUGGGGAGCGAAGAAUCUGGGAAAUGAUCCAGCGGUAAUGACUCUGCUCUGGAGCUCGGCAGAUGUGAUGGAACCUGCGGACGGAUCGGGGGGAACGUCAAAGAAAUCGCCGGAGCAGCCAAAGAGUGCGGUAUAUAUGUAUGAGGACGGUAUGGCGGUCACGUCCAGGUCUGCAGCAACAUAGAAUGUCAGGAGACAAAACAUCAUCACUUCAACACAGAACAUCACCACACCAACCCAGAACAUCACAGCAUUAACCUAGAACAUCACUGCACUAACCCAGAACAUCACUGCACUAAGCCUGAACAUCACAGCACUAACCUAGAACACCACUGCACUAACCUAGAACAUAACAGCAUUAACCUAGAACAUCACUGCGCUAACCUAGAACAUCACUGCACUAACCUAGAACAUCACUGCACUAACAUAGAACAUCACUGCACUAACCCAAAACAUCACAGCAUUAACCUAGAACAUCACUGCACUAACCCAGAACAUCACUGCGCUAACCC